AGCAGUGGCAAAGACCAUCAACAGCCCACGAGCAAAAAUGCGAAUCCAAGAAGAAAGUGAAGUGAAAAAAAGGAGGUAGAAGCUCAAAAAGCUUCACAAAAACAAGUACUUAUAGACACACCACCUCCAACCAAAAUGCUUUUAUUUUUCUACUAUACACCAAACACCACCAUCCAUCCCUUUUGUGUGUGAGAGAGAGAAAGAGAGAGGCAUUGAUCAGAGAGCCACCAAACUUACCACACCAAGCUAAGAAUUAUAUAUCACAUUACCAACACUGCAUGCCCACCAUCUCUGUCAAAUCCAAACACACUUCAAAACAAAUUAAAUUAAAGCUAGGCAGACAAAUAUAUAUAUAUAUAUAUAUAAAUACUUAUACUACUCAACCCCCCACAUACAUAAAAGAAGUGCCCCUUUUUUGCUCUUGUUUAAUGUUUAAACAGGUGUUUCACAGAGGUUAAUUUGUCCAUCUAAUGUUAAAUUAGUCUGUGAUCAACAUUUUCUGCCUUGGAGACUGCAAGUGCAAGCUUUGCUCGCGACUCUCGAAGCUAGCUGUGUAGUCUGUAGUCUGCAGCACACCAAAAAAAAUAAUAAAAAAUUAUUGCUUCUUUCUGCAUACUCCCUCAUAAACGUAACCAAAACACAUGCUCCUCCUUCAAGAUGUUUGCUUAUAUUUAUCUGCCCAAAAGCCCCUUCAAAUAUUCUGUCUUCGUUUUGCUUCUUCUGCGUAGCUAGCUAGCUUAGCUUGCUUGCUUUAAUUUGGUUCCAUAAAUAUAAUUUUCUUGAUCUGGGUACUUGAAUUGAAGAAAGUAGGUAGCAAAUUAAUUAAGAUCAGAUGAGAUGAUAAGUUUAGCAGAUUUCUACCAUGUGAUGACUGCAGUGGUUCCACUUUAUGUGGCCAUGAUUCUAGCCUAUGGGUCUGUGAAGUGGUGGAAGAUCUUCUCGCCAGACCAGUGUUCUGGGAUCAACCGCUUUGUUGCCCUGUUUGCAGUCCCUCUCCUGUCUUUUCACUUCAUAGCAGGCAAUGAUCCAUACACCAUGAACUUAAGGUUCAUUCUAGCAGACACCCUGCAGAAGCUGAUUGUUCUUGGGGUGCUUGCUGUGUGGGCUAAUCUGAGCAAGAGGGGGAGUUUGGAGUGGAGUAUAACUCUCUUCUCCCUAUCAACUUUGCCAAACACUCUUGUUAUGGGCAUCCCUUUGUUGAAAGGAAUGUAUGGGGCAUUUUCUGGGAGCUUGAUGGUUCAGAUAGUUGUACUCCAGUGCAUCAUAUGGUACACCUUGAUGCUGUUCUUGUUUGAGUUCAGAGGUGCAAGGAUGCUGAUUUCUGAUCAGUUCCCAAACACUGCUGCCUCAAUUGUGUCUAUCCAUGUUGACUCGGAUGUGAUGUCACUGGACGGAAGGCAACCUUUGGAGACCGAGGCAGAGGUUAAAGAGGACGGCAAGCUUCACAUCACUGUGAGAAAAUCUAAUGCCUCAAGGUCAGAUAUCUUCUCCAGAAGGCCAUCAAACCUCACCAAUGCAGAGAUUUACUCUCUGCAGUCCUCAAGAAACCCCACCCCCAGAGCCUCCAGUUUCAACCACACAGACUUCUACUCCUUGGUUGGUACUGGCAGCAGGAACUCAAAUUUCAGUGCAAACGAUCUAGUGUAUGGCCUCUCAGCUGCUGCUUCAAGGGGUCCAACCCCAAGGCCUUCAAACUAUGAAGAAGAGACUAGUGGGAAUAAACCUCCUGCAAGAUUCCAUUACCCAGCUCCUAACCCAGCCAUGUUUUCACCCUCUAAAACACUUGGAAUUGGGGCCAAUGCCAACAAGGGUGAAGAAGGUGGCAAUAAGGAUCUUCACAUGUUUGUUUGGAGCUCUAGUGCCUCUCCUGUUUCAGAUGUCUUUGGAGGACAUGACUAUGCUGGAGCUGCUGCUUUAGACCAGCCUCCUGCACCCAAAGAUAUCAGACUACCUUUUUCUCCUGUUGAGGGUCAUAGAAACAACAAUCAAGAAAGCUACAUGGAGAGGGAAGAAUUCAGCUUUGGGAAUAGAGAUGUAGAAAUGAACCAUGAAGCAGAUGAGAAGAAAGUUGGAGAGAACAAGGUGACGACGAAAGCCAUGCCUCCCACCAGUGUCAUGACUAGGCUUAUACUCAUCAUGGUCUGGAGAAAACUCAUCAGAAACCCAAACACUUACUCCAGCUUGUUUGGCCUUACCUGGUCCCUAAUCUCAUUCAGGUGGAAUGUGAAGAUGCCUGCUAUAAUUGCACAGUCCAUAUCCAUCCUGUCAGAUGCAGGACUUGGCAUGGCAAUGUUCAGUCUUGGGUUGUUCAUGGCUUUGCAACCAAGAAUCAUAGCAUGUGGGAAUAGAGUAGCAGCUUUUGCCAUGGCUGUAAGGUUCUUUACUGGUCCUGCUGUCAUGGCUGCUGCUUCCAUUGUUGUUGGCCUUCGUGGUGUCCUCUUACAUGUUGCCAUUGUUCAGGCAGCUCUACCUCAAGGAAUUGUCCCCUUUGUCUUCGCCAAGGAAUACAACGUACACCCUGAUAUUCUUAGCACAGCGGUGAUAUUUGGCAUGUUAAUUGCGUUACCAAUAACGCUAGUCUACUACAUUUUGUUGGGAAUAUAAUGAUGAAGAGCGAAUUUUUGCCUAGACUCGAUUCACAGAGCUGAGCAUAAGAAGUGAAAUGAGGAGAAAUUAGGGGAUAUAUAUAUGAAAUUUGUGUCCCUAGUGGGAUUUUAUAUGGUAGUGACAUUGUACAAUCAAGUUUUUAGCAAAAUUAAUUGAUCACUAAAAAAUAAAAAAGAAAAAAGAAAAAAGCAUUACGAGUUAA